AUGUUCGGCGUCGCAGGCAUGCAACCACGGCAACUCGCCGCCCAAGUCCUCAACUUCGCACUCGUCCUCUCGACCGCAUUCAUGAUGUGGAAGGGCCUCUCGGUCGUCGCCGACUCGCCCUCACCCAUCGUCGUUGUCCUCUCUGGAUCCAUGGAACCCGCUUUCCAGCGCGGCGACCUACUGUUCCUGUGGAAUAGAGGCUUGGAUACGCAGAUUGGCGAGAUUGUCGUGUAUAAUGUCAAGGGCAAGGAUAUUCCGAUUGUGCAUCGGGUGGUUAGGAGAUAUGGUGGAGGUAAAACUCCGCUCCGUCUCCUUACCAAAGGUGACAAUAACCUUGCAGACGAUACGGAACUUUAUGCUCGCGGACAGUCCUUCCUUAACCGUAAGGAGGAUGUGAUUGGAAGUGUCGUUGGCUUCAUACCGUUUGUGGGAUACGUUACCAUUCUACUGAGCGAGCACCCAUGGUUGAAGCAAGUCAUGCUAGGAAUCAUGGGUGUUAUGGUGGUGUUGCAGAGGGAGUAG